CCACGAUUCAUUAGUUGGUAUUUUUAUUUGUAUCCAAUGGAUUACUAUUCAAGUUAUAUUUAUCCUUAUUAUGGAGCGAUGUCUCCAAGUGCGACCAUGUCACCACCGACUUGUCACCAACAAAAUUUACCACCAACACGUAAACAACGAAGGGAGAGAACGACCUUCACCCGUGCUCAAUUAGAUGAGUUAGAGGAGUUAUUUAAAAAGACUCGUUACCCGGACAUUUUCAUGAGAGAGGAAGUGGCAGCGAAAAUCAAUUUACCCGAAUCAAGGGUUCAGGUUUGGUUCAAGAAUCGCCGGGCCAAACGUCGGCAGCAACAACAAAAUGGAAAAGCAAAAGUGACAAAGAGUGAAAGUGGUAGUGCUCAACCUAUCUCACCACCACCACCACCACCAACUCAACCACCAACAUCGUCACCAACUCAUAACUCUAACCAUCACCGACUCUGGAACCCGGCCGAUCAAACAACAAGUGCCCAUGGCCAUCAUCAUCCAUAUACUCACACUCAUCCACAAAUAUACAAUGAAUACAAGGAACAAAAUUAUAAUUAUUUCACUGGGAUGGGCUGUUCAAUCUUAUGGAAAUCAUCAUUAUGAAAUGUUCAUUAAUCCUUAAUCUCUCUCUCUCUCUCUCUCCUUUCUCUAACUCUACCACUUUCUCCUCAUGUCCAUAUCUAAGCUCAUCGUCACAAUUAUAAUAAAUAAAUACCAUUAAAACUAAAUUUUCUUCUCAUCUUAAUCAUUUGUGUGUAGAUAAAGGCAAUCAAUUGUUUCUCUUAAUCAUGUUAAUUUGUGAUACAAUUAAUUCAUCAUCAAAUGGAGAGUAUAUAUUUGCAGGUUUUCAUGUUCUGUGAUCGUUAUGGUGAAUUUCAUUCACAAAGUGGUAGAUAUUAUCGCUUACG